AUGCCAACCAUCAUAUCAAAGUUCGCCAAGCGAUCGUUCGACACGCUCGAGGGUCUCGGCUAUUCGAGAGAACUCGUGUCCAAGGGUCUGAUAACAGGUGCGGUCGCACUGUACUGUCUGCGCCUUACCUAUCCCGUGGUGCGUGACAAACUAACCAGCGGUAAAGGGUCCAACGACGCCCGUACCGAUGCGGCCCACCAUCGCAAUGAGAACAAUAACCUCACCAAACAGCCACCGGACGAUCCGGAGGCAAAGAAGGAACAGAUCAUCAUCGCCAAGCGGAAUCGGAAACGGCAGGCUGGCCGCCAGCCCGGACUGAACCUGGACUUCCUGUUGCAGCUGCGCCAGCUCGUGCGCAUCAUGGUACCGCGGGUGCUGUGCGAAGAGUCCGGCCUGCUGGCCGUCCACACGCUGUGCCUGGUGUCACGUACCUUUCUCAGCAUUUACGUCGCCUCGAUGGAGGGUGCAAUCGUCAAGUUCAUCGUGCGGAAGGACGUGCGUAACUUUGUGCUGAUGCUGCUGAAAUGGUUCGGUAUCGCUAUACCGGCCACCUUCAUCAACUCGAUGAUACGCUACCUGGAGAACAAGCUCGCUCUCGCCUUCCGUACACGGCUAGUGAAACAUGCGUACGGCAUGUACUUCAAAAACGAAACCUACUACAAAGUGUCGAACCUGGACGGUCGCAUCGAAAAUGCGGACCACCGGCUAACGGACGACAUCUCGACAUUCUCCAGCUCGGUGGCACACUUGUACAGCUCCCUUACCAAGCCAUGCUUCGAUUUGCUGCUAAUCGGCAUAGCAAUGGCCCGUUCGUCCCGCCGAAUGAAGGCAAACAUUGUGAUGGGUCCAGCGCUGGCAACGAUCGUCAUCGGUACGACAGCUCACAUCCUGCGGAUAGUGUCACCCAAGUUCGGACAACUCGUUGCGGAGGAGGCCAACCGGACGGGCUAUCUACGCCACGUGCACUCGAAGAUUAUUACCAAUGCGGAGGAGAUUGCGUUCUACGGUGGUCAUAAGGUGGAACACUCACAGCUCCAGGAAGCGUACUCUCGGCUAGUGAGUCAGAUGAACUCGAUCUUCACGCAAAAGCUGUGGUUCAUUAUGUUGGAGCAGUUCUUCAUGAAGUACGUGUGGUCCGGUACGGGUAUGGUGAUGGUGUCGCUACCGAUUCUGACCGUUGGUGCAGCGACCAUGCCGGUCAGUCCCGAGCACAGCAACUUGAUCAAAUCGGACGAACAGGGCGUGAGUGAACGCACACAGUACUUUACCACCGCUCGCAAUCUGCUGCUGAGCGGUGCGGACGCCAUCGAGCGGUUGAUGUCUUCGUACAAAGAAAUUGUAGCACUAGCUGGCUACACGAGCCGUGUCGCCGGCAUGUUCGAGGUGUUCGAUGAGGUAAACCGUGGUAUCUAUCGUAAAACGACGCUCUACACCGAGGAGCGCAACCUGAACGGCAUACUGGAGUUCCGCGAUGGACAACCGGUCGCCAAGGGGCAGAUAGUGUUCUCCGUUGACGCCAACGAUACUAGCAUCUCGCUGGAAAAUGUGCCGGUGGUGACGCCCAACUGUGACAUCGUUGUGCCAAGCAUUAGCCUUACGAUCGAGGCCGGUAUGCAUCUGCUCAUUACCGGUCCGAACGGAUGCGGCAAGUCGAGCCUGUUCCGCAUCCUGAGCGGACUGUGGCCAAUCUAUGGUGGAACGUUGCGCAUCCCGAAGUCAUUCGGUGGAAGGCCCAGCAUGUUCUACAUUCCCCAACGUCCGUAUAUGUCGUGUGGCACGCUGCUGGAUCAGGUGAUCUAUCCGGAUACGCGCAAGGACAUGGAGGCGAAGAAGAUCAGCGAGGCGCAGCUGCGGGAGAUUAUGCGCAUGGUGUCUCUGGAGCACAUUCUUGAUAGGGAUAGCUUCGACGAAAUACGGGACUGGAAGGACACGCUCUCUGGAGGCGAAAAGCAACGAAUGGCCAUUGCACGACUAUUUUAUCACAGACCAAAAUACGCGCUGCUAGAUGAAUGUACGAGUGCCGUAUCGAUUGACGUCGAGAGCUGUAUCUACGAAACGGCUAAAUCGAUGGACAUCACCCUUUUAACCAUUACCCAUCGUCCUACUUUGUGGAAAUUCCAUACACACAUCCUACAAUUCGAUGGACAGGGUGGAUGGGUGUUUGAGAAGCUAGAGGAAGGUGCCCAGCAAAAAGUUCCUACGGUAAAAGCCAACGCUUCGGCCCCCAGCAGCUAA